AUGUUUCAUAACAAGCAGCGAGGCAAGCCGGGGGCUAUCGCAUCCCCUACCAAAAGGCUUCGCAACAGGGUGCACAACCUUUUCCUGUCUUCCAGCUUGAGUGCGAUCGAGGCUACAGGUCUCGAGACCGAUGCUGCAGCAUGCGGCCUCAGCGGCUUCAAGACGGUUCCUGAAAAAUCGGGCAAGAAUGCUGCUCGAGAUUUGUUACGACGAUGUCUUAAGAAAAGCCAGUGGCCACCCAUAUACACUGCCGAAAUUCGCAUUUGGGACGAGAAGCACGAGGUCGCCCGAUAUGCAGAUGUGGGCUUUAUGCUCCCCCAUGAGAUUAUGUACGUUUUGUUUCAAAAAAACCCGGGUUAUCCUUUCCAUGAUUUGGCAUGCUGUGCACAAUCUGUGCAAGACCACUGCCUGGAGGCAUCCCGCAAACUCGGGUUUGAGGUCAUUCCUUUCUCGCUUUGGACUGAUGCCACGCCUUUCAAUUGGGAUAGAAGCAAGUCCCUCGAAGUCAUCCUGAUGAGUUUGCCUCAGCUUCCUGCCCCGCAUCACACUUGGAGGUUUCCCGUGACUGCUUUGCCUAAGAACAAUAUAUCCAAGGGCGAGAGCUUCGAAGACAUAUGGGAUAUUAUGGCCUGGUCCAGCCAGCAGCUUUUGUUGGGAACCAUGCCUAGGCAUGGCCACGACGGCCAACCUUUCGCAGAGGCAUGGCGGAAUAAGCACGCCGGCCGUGAGAUCGCACAUAGAUGCAUCCUUGCAGAGCUCCGGGCCGAUUGGAAAUGCUUGGCUGAAGUUUUUGGCCUGCCGCACUGGGGAGCCAAGACUGGCAUCUGCAUGAGAUGCAGUGCCGAUUUGACGAAUUACAAAGAUUUCUCUGAAAAUGCACCCUGGAUGCUGGAAAGAUAUGGGCAUUGGGAUUUUUUGCAGAGGCAGCUGAACGAGGCAAGGCUCAUCUCCACGAUUUUCCGCUGCCCUUUCUUUUCAACGACUUGCUUCAAGAUGGAUUGGCUGCACAUCAUGGACUUGGGCUGUGCCCAAGAUUGCUUAGGAAACCUAUUCUGGUAUGUGCUUCCCAGACUGGGAAACAACCAGAAAGUUCAGGUGGCCACACUUUUUCUGGAGAUAAAGAAAUUCUAUCGGGAGAAUUCCAUUCAGGAUUGCAUCGGCAAGCUAACCCUGGGAAUGAUCAAGAAACCCGACAAGUCAAAACCGAAGAUGAACUUGAGAGCAGCAGAGACGAGGGCCAUGAUUCCGUUUGCAUGGAAAAUCGCAGACAAGAUGCUGGACCCGCAGGAUGUUUUCGAGUCGUCCAUACGCUGGGUGAUCAAGUAUCUCGUGGACUGCUACGAUUGCUUGUCAGCCUUGAAGUGGGAGCGAAAUUACUUCAGAGAAUGUUGCUUUGCCUUCCUACGUCAGUAUUCGGUCUUGGAAACAAUGGCCGACGAAGGCAAAUGGGUCAUGAAGCCCAAGUUUCACAUGCUUGCAGAGAUUGCUUUGAAAGGCGACAAACCCUCUGACAACUGGGUGUACAGGGAUGAAGAGGCAGGUGGAACCAUGGCACGGGUGGCACAUGCCAAAGGUGGCCCUGUCAACCAGUGGUCGAUUUCUUUUCAGGCGCUGAACAAAUUCAGUGCUGAGUUCUCGGUGCCACACUUCGACUGA